AUGCGUUCCUUUAUCCAGGUUGUUGCCGCAGUAUCGGCCAUUGUCUCAGCCUUCCAUGGAGGAUACGAAUUGAUCAACCGCAUCAAGGGGAGGAGAAAGGGCAAAAGAAAAGCAGCACAGGCGUCGAAAGAGGAGAAUUUACAGGAGUCUCUCCAGGAGGGCGAGAGUACGGUUCGAAAGCGCUUUGACGACGGUUGUCAACAGCUCGGCGUGCCGUUUAUGACCGGUGACGACAUUGCUCGGGAACGCCUAUAUCACAUCGCGGUCGUGAUGCAAGCAGAGAUCAUCCGGAGCUUGCAGCUCGCUGCGGAGUUCCAGAACAUCAUGGUCAACCUAACAGUCCUGCGAGACGCCUCCGUUCUCAACCGCCAAGAUACACUCAACACACUCGGGGAGCUUCGGCAACGCAUCCUUGAGAGCUUGCCCGUCGAGCGCCCUUUCGCUGUCAGUUUACAACUACCUCGUAUGCGAAGGGCACCAUCGCCUGAAUCGAUCCAGAUGCGAAGGGAACCGUUGAUGGAAUCGAUCCGGACAUUCAUGACCGCGCAGAUCGCGCCGGACUACAUUCCUCCAGCUAUCACCAUAACCGCAGCGCCAGACACAAGAAGCGAAAGCGGGAUCACUCGUUUCCUAUCGAGCAGGCGUGCAGCUACCUCAAGGAAUGCUUUGCCGAACGCUCCAACCCAGCUAUAUUUCGCAUCAACUUUCGAACAUCUCCGUUCAAUCUUCCAGCAGCAGGAACCCAGCUUCGAAGAACCAGUCUUCCGCCAGCUUGGGCGACUGCAGAUCGAGAAUGAACCACAAGGCUGGGCCGGAGCCCCAUGGAACGCCUCAAUCUCAACAGGUAGUGCAGAGUCGAAUCUCUCCUACAGUGGUGCGUCCGUCAGCAGCGUUGAGACUCUCAGCACUCCAUCUCUACGAAGCAGCAGCACACCGUCGACGUCAGGGAUCAGUACUGCCACCAGCCCUGAUGGAUUGCCUCCGGGCCUUCCGGUUUCCGUCCAGCUCCAGAGACCUACCUACUCCCGCCCUCCGCCCCUGACCCAAUCCAUAAGUUGGUCACAGCCGAACCAAUCCCACCAACCACGCCCCUGCAAGAAAAAUAACUACUGGGGCUUCUGCAAAGGUGCCUGGGCGACGCGCGUGUCUCCCAACGAAGGUCUGACCAUCAAGAACCGCCUGGAAGGCUAUAGCGCGCGAGCACCCCCCUUCGACUUCGCCAUGGAGAAAAAGCCAGAAAGAUACUACGGCCAGUCGUCGUUCCUGAAGUGCAGGUACUGCGAGUUCCACAGCGCCUCUUACAAGCGGACGUUAAGGAGCGUCGAUCCAACCGUGCAGACCUCCCCCUGCGGCAUCCGCUACCGUUGGAUCUUCCUGGCCAAGAGUCACAUCAAGGCGAGCAGGGCGUCCCAGGCGGCAAGCCCGAAUUACGGCUGUAUGAUCUGCUGCGCCGAGGGCCGUGACACGAUUGUGUUUGGCAAUCCGGAGACGCUGAUGAAUCACAUUUACCUUGAGCACAGGCGGCAGAUGAGCGCGGAUAUGCAGUCGAGAAUGAAGAUUGUUUUCAAUCGGUGGGCGGAUGAGAAGGAUGACUGGGAUCUUAAUAUUCUCUUGGCGCUUAAGAUGGUGGCGGACGAGGAGAAUAUUGGGUCUUCCUGGCUCUCACAAGCUGAUAUGGACCUGAUGCUCGCUGCUUGUAGAGACCAUCCGAGUCGCACUACUUCCAGCCACACCGCGUCCAUGCACGCUGGGAGAUUGCUGGGUUGGCUUGCGUGUGCGAAACGGCCGCUGAAGUGGUCCGAGAUUCAGGCUGCUUGGGCCAUUAAUCCGGACGAUCCGACAGCUGACUUCGAGGACCGUAAACUCCUAGUUGGUCCAAAAGACCUUUGCGGGCAUCUUGUUACGGUUAAUUCAGAUGGAGUUGUCGGCCUAUCUCAUUCCAUCGUCAAAGAGUGA